AUGCCUUCCAAUAGCAGAAUUCUCCCAACAGCUACUGAAAGACUCAGUGGACUUUGGAAACGGAUUUUUGAAUUCGCCCUGCUCAUUGCUCUUAUUUCGACGAUCCUCUUGCGCCCUACGCAUUCUGGAAAACUCAACUUCCACCCCAGCAAAGCUCCAACCUUGUACAGCAUGUCACUCAUUACGACCGUGCUAUCUUGUACAGUCUCCCUGAUGAUGGAAUUCUAUCGCGACGACUCCUUGAUUCCGGAUCGACUUGAGCGCAUACUCAUGUGGGUGCCGCUCGUCCUGCUCGACCUUUCUAUUGUUGAGCUCAUCGCGGGCAUCUCGGCCUCCAGCGUCUCAGCAGAGCACCGCGGGAUUCUCAGUUGGUAUUCAAGGGGCAUUGUGUUGGGUUGCAUAUGCCUAGCAAUAUUUUUGGCGUACAGGCGUAUCUGUCGAGCCAAUUAUGCUGUUCGUGCUGGAGGUCUUGAAUAA